AUGCCCGUCUGGAAAAUCAUUGAUACAAAAAGACCAGUUGUUUGUUGUAUCGCAGUCCCUUUGGACCUCUUGGUCGACAUAUCCCGUACUGUUCUUUACUUGUCUGAAGCUGUGUACCUUUGUGAAUACGCCCAGACGAUCCACGAACUCUCCUGGUCCUGCCCAUGUCCUUCGAAAGGACAAGUUUGUCUUGUAGCUCGUAUUGUUGAGGUCUGGGCAAACGCACCAGCAGUCUCUCCCCCACUGUUCUCCCCUAAGAAUGUCGGCGGCAGAGAUGUUGCAGGUCAAACGGCUGCAAAAGCGGCGAACCGUGAGCAGACUAAGUCGCUCGUUGAGCUUCUGGACGACCUUGUACCUCGGCUGGUGAAGUGCAGGCGGCACAGGUCAGGGCUCAAGUCAGGACGGAGCGUCAAGCAGCUGCUGGAGGACCUGAGGGUUCACAUCGGUAGGCUGCUGAAGACUCCGAUGGAGGUGAAGGUGAUAGACGAAGUGAGCAUAGACGAGGGCAUCACGGACCUGGUACUGAGGAGGGGGUUCUUGGAAGCGCAGGGGACGCUGAUGAUGACUGUGAAGCUCCCUUGCUUCACCAUCCUCUCCUUGAGUCAUGGCAUCCGCAAGUACUUCUCGGGGAUCCCGUUCUCCGGCCCUGUGGGCCAGUCCCUUGCUCACUUCGUCCCUGCAUGGGACCUCCCCAAGUUCAGUGAGUUCGUGAGGGUCCUUGUAGAGUCCGGGGGCCGGCAGAUCUCAAACGCCGAGUUCUGCCUCCUGACCUUCAGGUCGAACCUCAUCCAGUGUCUUCCCUGCACCGUUGAGAGCGCCUGGCUGCAAGACGACCGCUAUGCCUUCCUCUUCUUCAGCCUGCCUGAGCCUGGACCCCCCAGCAAGUUCCCCUCCAAUGUCGACCUGGACGCGCUGGAGACGAUGUACAUGUACGACGACCUGGCAUCCUCCAUCGCGCCGUGGGAUCUGGAGAAGGAGAUGCACAACAUUGAGAUCGAGCAGCUUGACAGCACUUUCUGCGUCGACUGGAACUCUCUCUGGAGCAACUUGGAGAUCAGAGCGGCACUGGACAGCGUGAGUGAGCAGAUGGGCGCAAGGCCGACGCAGCUUGCGGCGAGGAGGCUGCAGGUGAAGCAGCAGGUGAAGGACGAGAACGGGCCGGUAGUGGUGUCGGAGUUCCGGAUCAAACUGCCCUCGUUCCUGGGGUCGUACCAGAGCGAGUGGUUCGGGUGGAAGCAGGUCAGGCUAGACGGGACAAUCUUCAAGAUCGGGGAUGGAACUUUCGCCACCUUCUGCGCACAUUCAGACUCGCCGAAAGACGCUCUGCGCAUCACUGAGUUCAAGUUCAAGCAGGAGGGCAAGAUGAUGCGAUGUUAUCAUACAAGGAGCAUCACGAUAACAAAGGAGAAUCGAUUGUUUCAAGGUCACGUGUAUCCCACGCGGUCGGGCAAGCAGCAGUUUGAGUUCAAGCUCGUCGCUCAGAGGGUGGAGGAGAACGGAAAGGUGAGGAGGCUGAGGGAGAGGAGGGAGCGAUCGGCUCUCCUGUGA